AUGGCAACAGAAAAAACUGACAUUCACUUACACCUGGGAACACCACCUCUUGCUGCUCUUAGGAUGCUCUGCCAUAGCAAUCUUGUAAGGAGUCAACAUAAAGGCUGUAAAACAAGAGAAAAACAGAGGAAAAAAGUGACGAAAAGUGUAAAACGCAAGGUGGCGGAGGUAGAGCGGAAACAGCAGCGGACCUUCCGGAAGUUCACCGACCGCGGCCUGGGCCUGGACCAGCGGCUGGACGUGUCCUACGAGCAACUGAUGCAGUUGCGCAGCGCGCGCCAGCGGCAGCGGCUGAACCCGGGCCUUCGGCAGCGGCUGAACCCGGGCCUUCGGCGGAAGCAGCACUCGCCGCUGAAACGCCUGCGCAAAGCCGAGAAGGAGGCGCCGCCCAUGGAGAAGCCGGAAGUGGUGAAGACGCACCUGCGAGACAUGAUCAUCCUGCCCGAGAUGGCGGGCAGCAUGGUGGGCGUCUACAACGGCAAGACUUCCAACCAAGUGGAGAUCAAGCCGGAGAUGAUCGGCCACUACCUGGGCGAGUUCUCCAUCACCUACAAGCCCGUGAAGCACGGCCGGCCGGGCAUCGGGGCCACUCACUCCUCCCGCUUCGUCCCCCUCAAGUAGUGGCUCUGCUAAUAAAGGCACACA